AUGGCUUUCAGCUUUGGAACUCCGAGCACUUCGGGCGCCGCGCCCAAUAGCACAACCAGCACAGCGCCAGCCGCAGGUGGUCUAUUUGGCACUGCUCCUGCUGCUUCUGGAACUCCUGGUUUUUCUUUCGGAAAAUCGACGACUCCAGCCACCAACCCCCCGGGAGGAAAUGCCAUUCCUCCAUCUUCUGCUACUCCUACCACUUCGGGAGGAAACCUGUUUGGUGGAGGAUCCUCGACAACUCCGGCGACAGGUGGUCUUUUUGGCGGCGCGGCCACUGGAGCAUCUACCACAUCGGGUGGCUUGUUUGGCAGCGCGACAACUAGCACAGCACCAUCCACUGGUGGUCUGUUUGGCAACAAUGCAUCUACCACUCCGUCCACGAGUGGUGGCUUAUUCGGAAACAAUGCCGGCAAGACUGCCAAUGCACAGACAACUCCAACGCCUGCUCCAACUGCCGGGAAUCUGUUUGGAACCGCCAACCCCUCUUCACUCUUUGGGGCCAAAACACCAGCCUCUGGCUCCCAAGCUCCUACUCCGGCUACUGCCAGCACUGCCGCUACUGCAACUCCCGCCAAGCCCCUGUUCUCUAUGCCAUCGACGACGCCGGCCGGUGUACCGCCAGCCAAACCUGCAAGCACAGGCUUGUUUGGAAACACUGGGACUGCUGCCCCAUCGAGUGGUUUGUUUGGCAACGCUGGGGCAAAGCCUACUGCUACUUCAACCUCAGCCUUGACUGAGAAGCCCGCGGCUGCUGCCACAUCAGGAUCAGGGCUGUUCAGCGGUGGAACUCAGUCAUCUACAAGUGGCCUGUUCGGCGCCAAACCUGCCGCCACCACGGCUGCCGCACCGAAAACCACAGGCCUCUUUGGCAAUACCGCAACUACCACUGCUGCGCCGGCAUCAUCCACAACUGCUGCGGCGCCGACCACUGCUGGAACAACUAGCUCUCUGUUUGGAGCUAAGCCGGCUGCUACCACGACCCCAGCGGCAACAUCUGCGGGAGGUCUCUUCGGAACAGCCCCUGCUGCGGCCACUACCUCUGCAGCUUCUGGAUCUACCGCAGCUCCCGCCGCCGCUUCUGGUCUAUUUGGAUUAAAGCCAACUGCCGCCACUACUGCGACUUCAUCCUCAGCAGCCCCAACAACAGCCAAACCUGCUGCUUCACUGUUUGGUACCACAGCUGCUGCUGCUACUCCUCAGCCUGCCACAGCUGCAGCCACCACCGCAGCCACAACAACUGCAGCACCAGCGACCACGACGGCCACUAGCGGUGGCUUAUUCGGAGCCAAACUUGGUGGCGAUAAAGAUGCUGCCAAGCCAGCUGCCACAACCGGUACCACCAACGCUUUGGGAGCUUCCACUACCGGCCCCCCUUCUCAGAUGGCCCGGCUAAAGAACAAGACGAUGGAGGAUAUUGUCACGCGGUGGGCUUCAGAUCUGUCCAAAUACCAGAAGCAAUUCAAGGAACAGGCUACCAUUGUGUCCAACUGGGACAGAAACUUGGUAGACAAUGGCGAAAAGAUCCAGAAGCUAUAUCUGGACACUUUCGAAGCAGAGCGGGCCAGCCAUGAGAUUGAGCGCCAACUUGCCGCUGUGGAGAGCCAGCAGGAGGAGCUGGAGGCUUGGCUGAACCGUUACGAGUCAGAAGUCCAAGAUAUGUUUGCCAAGCAGAUGGGCCCUGGCGAGCAACUUGGAGGACCUGACCAAGAACGUGAACGCACUUAUAAGCUGGCGGAGAAGCUCACCCAGCAACUCGACGAGAAGUCGCGAGACUUGUCCAAGAUGGUCAAGGAGAUCAAUGACAUUUCCGGAACUUUGAGCAAAGGAGCCAAGGCAGAGGACCCCCUGAGCCAAAUUGUUCGGGUGUUGAACAGCCAUCUUACACAGCUGCAAUGGAUCGAUGCCAACUCCUCAGCUCUGCAAGCCAAGGUCACAGCGGCGCAGAAAUCCAGCAGCAACAUGGGUAGCCACUACGGAAGCGGAGAGAGCGAUGUGGCAGAGAGUUUCUAUAGAUCUUACAUGGGACGGAGGUGA